AUGAACGUUGUCUUGGAUUCUGUCUUGGGACGUCACACCCUCGCUUAUCUGGACGAUGUGGUGGUUGCAUCGGCAAGCUUCAGCGAACACCUGCAUCUCCAGGAGACUCUAGCCCUUCUGCAUGACGCAGGGAUGAAGUUAAACCUGGAGAAGUGUGAACUUGCUAAGCACCAGGUGAAGUUCUUGGGAUUCAUUGUUGGUCCUGAGGGUGUGAGACCCUACCCCACCAAGACUACUGCCAUUGCUGAGAUGAAACGAUCUCGCUCAGUGCAGGAUGUCCGCCUCUCCUGGGGGUUCGUGGCGAUGGCUAAGCCCCUGACAGCCCUUACCAAGAAAGGGGUGAAGUUUGAGUGGGGAGAUGCUGCUCAGCUGGUCUUCACCACUUUGAAGGACACCUUGGUAAGGAACCCUGUGCUUUGCCUGCCAAACUUCAGUCAACCCUUCGAGGUGCACUGCGACGCCAGCACACAGGCUUUAGGUGGGGCCCUUCUUCAGCAUGAUGCAGAGGGUGUGCCUCAUGCUAUUGCCUACUGGUCCCGCACCCUGAAGGAUGCUGAGACCCGAUACGCCGUUAUCGACCUGGAGGCGCUGGCUGUGUUGGUAGCCGUCCGAGAACUGGCUGUGUUGGAAGCUGUCCGAGCCUUCGACCCGUACAUCUAUGGUCGACGGUUUGAAGUCUGGACAGUUCACCAGCCCCUGAUUGAGGUAUUUUCCGGGCGCACAAAGAGCACCCGUCUGAGUGAUGGAUCUCCACCUGCGCAGAAAGCUUGCCCACUAGAGCAGGCCCAAGAGCCACAUGAGGAUGCUACAGACCCGCUGGACCUCACCAGGAUGACGGCUGUGCAAGUGCGGGAACACCAGCUACAAGACCCAGUAUGCGAGGACAUGCUUGGUUGGCUGGAGGGUCGCCAAACUGUACCUGGGGAGAGACCUGCAGCACUUUCCAGUUUUGAGGUGGAGGGCGUCCUGUACUACCUGCGGACUUUUCCAGACCAGAACCUGCAGGGUGCCUGGUACUUCCCCAAUAUGCACCGCCUGGCGAGGGAGUAUGUGGCUAGAUGCCAUGCUUGUCAGCAGCGCAAGGGAGUGGCAGGUCGUGCUCCAAUGGAAGGACAUCCUUUACCAGAGGCUCCACUGGUGAGGGUCUCAGCCGAUCUUAUGGACCUGUGGGGAUCAGCAACAGGGUUUCAGUAUAUCCUGUCCAUUGUAGAUUAUCACACUCGGUUUAUACAGCUGGUUCCACUGCAUGACAAGAGUGCCAACAGAGUGCUGCAGGCUUUUGUGGAUCACUACAUGACACUCUUUGGGCCGCCCGGCCAUCUUUACACAGACAAUGUCCUGGAGUUCUCCUCUGAUGAGUGGCACUCGCUUCUGGAGGCAUUGCAAUGCGCCUCAGCCAUCCACCGGGCCGUGGGGGACCAGCCGUUGUACUUGCUGACAGGUUGUAUGGCGCUCUUUGGGAAGGGCCUGACUAACCGCCAGACUGCAGACCAGGACCUGUCUUUGGCUCGCCUUGCAGAUGCCUGCCGCCUAGCUGUUGAGGCUGCUCGCAACUCUGGCCCUUAUGAGGAAGGCACUCUGGUGCUGCGAAAGAUCCAAAGGAACCAUGGACCUUUGGGUGAUCGCUGGCUUGGUCCCUGCCGCGUGCAGAAGCAGUUAGGCCCUGUUAGUUACAAUGUCCUGGACCUUCGGCCCCCACACCGUGCUGUCACUGUCCAUGCCAACCAGAUGCGCCCCUAUACUCCAGCCGCUGAAGUGGACUUCCUUGAGGAGAACGACCGAGUGUUGUGUGUGUGA